AUGAUACUUAAAUCUGCCUUAAAUGUGGCUAAUCCAGUGCAGUUGUUUGGAGUUAAGCACGAAUUCUUCAUCGAAAUAGUCCAGAUUUUGCACGACAAAAUCUCGCAGCAAGCUUCCAAGGCAGCAUUGAAGCUCCUUGUGGAGCUAUGUCCAUGGGGAAUAAACAGAAUCAAAGCAGUCGAGUCAGGCUUAGUUUCCGCACUAAUAGAGCUUCUUCUUGACACAUCUGAAAGAAGGGCUUGUGAGCUAAUUUUGACAGUAUUGGAAAAGCUAUGUGGUUGUCCUGAGGGCCUGGCCGAGCUAUUGAAACAUGGAGCUGCACUUGACAAAUACGUAGGGCAGGCACCUUGCAACCAACCUGCGGCAGGUUGCAAGCAAGCUACCUGCAGCAGCUUACAGCAAGCUGUGCAGGGCAAGGGAGCAGGAGGUCAUGUCGGCAAUGUUACAUGCGCAGCUGUAGAAGGUUAUGAAGGGAUCAAGAGAGAUUGCUGGAGGGAUUGA